UUGCCGAAACUGUCAGUAUGCGGACCUAGCUCCCGGCAGCCAGAUGGCAAAAAAUCAGUAGUGUAAUCGUCUCUCAACACACAAAAGCACACAAAAAACUCGGAAAAAUUCCAUCAAAAAAUCUUGACAAAAUUCUACCGAUUCGCUCUCAUUCAGAUCCAAAAUUUCCUUUCGGCCUAACGUUAAGAUAGUGAGACAGAGAAGCGGUGUGUCGAGUGUGUUUAAAAUUCGAGCUGCGUUUAGCUAAUUGCGGACCGCGGAUAAUAUGUGCUCGUAGCUAUCCAUUGGCAAGUGAAGGCGAUUGCAGAGGCGUGUCCGAGUAACUUCCUCGGGAUCUAGAUAGUCCAGAAGAGGCACAAACCCCCUCGAAGCCAUGGGCAAGAAGGGCAAAGGCAAGGGAAAGGGAAAGAAGGGCAAGAAGUCCACGGUGGCGGUGGCCCCCGUCGAAGCGCCACCAUGUCCGCCGUGUCCGGAGCCGCCCAAGCAGAUGCAGCCGCUCGACGCCUGUCCAGAGUCCAGUGGGCCCCACGAUGUGCUCCGGGCCCAGCCGAAUCAUUAUCCGGCGCUCCUGCGCAUCCCGGAAACGAUGGCGGUGGUGGGCUCGGAGAAUGGGUGCUACGACAGCAUCUGCAAGCUGCUGAGGGCCGGCUUCCGGUGUGCCGAGCGGGUCUUCGUGAUGGCCCCGUGGGGCAACUACGUGGUCUUCCGGUAUCACAACAACAACGACUUCAUCUACUUCCUGUUCGACGGAUGCACCUGCGACGUGAAUCGGUUCCGGUACCUGGAUCUCAGCUGCGGCACCGCCGGCUUCCUCUUCUUCGACAACAUGCACGACGUCAUCAGCUACAUCAUCCAGUCGCGAAAGACGCGGCUCUACCUGGAGAACCUGAACAAGAUCGCCAUCGACCAGAUUGUGGAGGAGUACGGCGCCGUCACCUACACCCAGAAGGCCAAGUGCAUGCGCUUCGCCUGAGUCACCGCCCAUGGUCACCAGUGGUGACCCACUCGUAACAAAGGCAAGGGGAAGCCCCCGAAAGCAGGCAGCACAGCACCACCCUACUUUGUCUCGAACACUGCGCAGUUUUGGCACAGAUACUUUUCAAUAAAUUAUUUGGAAAACAUUAAAA